UUUAGUGUGACUGCAGCAGUAAAAAUGAAUGGUCUUUUGUUUGGAUUUUCUCUUAUUGUUGUGGCGUUCGCCCAGCAGCACCACCCACCCCACCAUCCGCACCCAGGCGGCCCAGUAGCCUGUCAUCAAGACACAGACUGUGCUGGGUGUGACGCUGGACUAGUCGGUUUCUGCGAGACCGGAGUCUGUUACUGCAGGAAUGAAUCCACAGUGGUUGUUAAACGUGCAGCAUGCACGGAUAACGCCGACUGCCCUGCGUGCCAGAACGGGUUGGCCGGCACCUGCAACGCUCAAGGCCACUGUGAGUGCCAGGACACCGCGCAUCACCCAGUGGGAAAACGUGCAGCGUGCACGGAUAACGCCGACUGCCCUGCGUGCCAGAACGGGUUGGCCGGCACCUGCAACGCUCAAGGCCACUGCGAGUGCCAGGACACCGCGCAUCAUCCAGGACUUUGUUAA